GAUCUCGCGAGAUUUCGCGCAGUUGGAAGUAAAGAUGGCGGCAGCAACCUCAAUGAUGCCGAACUUCGUCCAGCAGUUUUCAUCCAAAUCUGAUCUGAUUCCGAACUGGAUCAGUCAAGAAGUCAGCACGGGGACCACCAUCAUGGCGGUGGAGUACGACGGCGGCGUGGUGAUCGGUGCAGACUCUCGGACCACCACCGGAGCCUACAUUGCCAACAGAGUGACGGACAAACUGACGCCCAUCCAUGACCGGAUCUUCUGCUGCAGGUCUGGAUCUGCUGCGGACACUCAGGCCGUCGCUGACGUGGUUGCCUACCAGCUUGGAUUCCACAGCAUCGAGCUGGAUGAGCCCCCACUGGUGGAGACGGCAGCUAAUCUCUUCAAAGCGAGCUGUUACCGUUACCGGGAGGAGCUGACGGCUGGGAUCCUGGUGGCUGGGUGGGACCGGAGAAAGGGAGGGCAGGUGUACUGCGUUCCGAUUGGUGGCAUGAUGGUGAGACAGCCGGUGGCGGUGGGUGGCAGCGGCAGCACCUACAUCUACGGCUUCAUGGACUCAAACUACAAACCGGGUCUGACCAAAGACGAGUGUCUGGAGCUAACUGCUGCAGCUCUGUCUCUGGCCAUGGAGAGGGAUGGCUCCAGUGGGGGCGUGGUCAGACUGGCGUCCAUCUCGGAGGAGGGCGUGGAGAGGCGGGUCAUCCUGGGUAACCAGCUUCCUCGCUUCUCCACACACUGAGUAUUGUUGUUGUGAUUAAAGGUUCUGGUUCUGCUCGUGUUCUGUGGUGUCACUGUCUAACCGUCUCAGUAAGAACUGCUGUUUCUGAGAACAAGCAGCAGGUUCAUGUUCUCCAUCAAAUAACCCAAUGUUUUACAUUUUCAGGAAAUAUAAAUAAAUGUCAUGUUUUACAAAUCUUGA